GAGGAAAAGUGCGCGGGGAAGUGGCAGCUCGGGAAAGGCAGGGGGUUCGGAAAGGAGCUCGCCUUGGCAGCUGUGCCACGCUCCUCUUGUGGCAGGACCUAGUAUGCAACAAGUCCCUGGAGCGCUCCCCGUGAGAGCGCAGCGAACGUGACACUGGCGCGAACAAGCCAACAGCCCCCGAAUGUUCACUCACCUGUCCCGAGCGGCAAUCUCCGCAGCCGGGGUCCCGUCCUGCCCGGCCCCAGGCGGAAGGAGGGCGGUGAGAGUCAGGGCACGCUGCAAAGCGCGCCCGGCCGGCCAGGACUUUCCUCGGGAACUUAUUGUCCCGCUCCGGUUUCCUGGGAGGCGGCUGCCAUCACGUUUUAUACUGUAUUGGUUGGUAACCCCUCUCAUUCAUUAAGAUCACGUAAGAACUCAGAGGGAAACGUGACUCUGAGCUAAGGCGUUUGCGUAAAUCUAUAGGUUUUUAAAACUCCCUGCCAGUUGCUUUCUGUCUUCUGUAGGCACCAAGGUGGUGGAGAGUUUAAGCUUGCGGAUAUUGCAAAGGGUUAUUAGAUUCAUAAGUCACACCAAGUGGUGGGCGAUCCACUGAGCAAAGCAGAAGUUCUCACAUGAUGACUUCAAACAAGACACAUUACCUUCCAGCAUCUGUUGGAGAGACUGGAUUUUAAACCACUUCUGUCUCCAGGACAGCAAAGAAACAAUGUUCCACCAAGUGAGAAGAGUGAUGACCAUCCUUUUCUUUACUAUGGUUAUCUCCUACUUCACUUGCAUGAAGGCUGCCCCGAUGAAAGAAGCCGGUCUGAGAGCACAAGGCAGCUUGGCUUACCCGGGUCUCCGGCCCCACGGGACUCUGGAGAGCAUGGAUGGGCCCAGCGCCGGCUCCAGGGGACUGACGUCGCUGGCAGACACCUUCGAACACGUCCUGGAGGAGCUCCUGGACGAGGAGCAGGACAUGCAGCCCAGCCAGGGGAGCAAGGACGCGGACUUGUACACUUCCCGGGUGAUGCUGAGCAGCCAAGUGCCUUUGGAACCCCCGCUGCUCUUCCUGCUGGAGGAGUACAAGAACUACCUGGACGCCGCCAACAUGUCGAUGCGGGUGCGGCGCCACUCGGACCCGGCGCGCCGCGGGGAGCUGAGCGUGUGCGACAGCACCAGCGAGUGGGUGACGGCGGCCGAGAAAAAGACUGCGGUGGACAUGUCCGGGGCCACCGUCACCGUGCUGGAGAAAGUUCCAGUGCCCAAAGGGCAGCUGAAGCAAUACUUCUACGAGACCAAAUGCAACCCCAAGGGCUACACAAAGGAGGGCUGCAGGGGCAUUGACAAGAGGCACUGGAACUCUCAGUGCCGAACUACCCAGUCUUACGUGAGAGCUCUCACCAUGGAUAACAAAAAGAGAGUUGGCUGGCGCUUCAUAAGGAUAGACACUUCCUGUGUAUGUACAUUGACCAUUAAAAGGGGAAGAUAGUGGGUUCGUGCUGUAUAGAUUCUAUUGAGACAAAGUUAUCUAUUUGUAUAUAUACAUAACAGGGUAAAUUAUUCGGUAAAAAAUAAUUUUAUGGACUGCAUGUAUGACUGAAGUUUAUACAGUACAGUGGUUACACAAUCUAUUUAUUGAACAUAUCCAUGACCUGAAGGGGAACAAUAGUCACUUGCGCACAAGUUUAAACAGACAGAAAAAAGGUUAAAAAAAAAAAAAAAAAAAAAGAGAAAAGCAAACAAAAAAGUCUGCAUUACAUUCCUCCAUAACAUUGUGGUUUGUUGCCGUUGCCAAGAAUUGAAAAUAUGAAAAAUUUUUUAAAAAAAGAAUAAAAUUGCAUGCUGCUUCAAUUGUGAAUUAAUGAUAAACGGUCCUCUUUCAGAAAAAUAAAUUGAACCAAAACAUUCUGUUUACAUUUUAGACAGUAAGUAUCUUUAGUCUGUUAGUAUAUAUGUUUACUGCUUCUAACUUCUGAUAGCGUUGAAAUUAAAACAAUGUCAAGGUGCUGUUGUCAUAGUUUUACUGUUUCUCUUUUACUUUUGAAUUCCCAUCAGAUCGAAAAAGAAAGAAAUCAUUACCUUAUUCUGGAUUAGAAAAUAAUUUGGUUUUUGUAUGUUGUGAAGGUGUUUGCAAUAGCAGUCCGACUACUGACAAAAAAUAAUAAAAAGAGGCAACUGAAAAAGAAUGGUGAUUUUCCACUUCACAUUGUUGAACUUCAGGCUUAAAGACAACACUUAUUUAACUGUAUGGCAACAUGCUGUUUUGGUUGUUGGGGGGGUGGUUUGUUGUUGUUGGGUUUUUUUGGUUGUUUGUUUUUCUUUUUCAAUUUUCAGUCUUUAGAGACAUGCAUUUGCUUAUACCAUGUUUGCUUGUGUUUGAGAAUUUUUUUCCCCUUUCCUCCCUCUGGAGGGACAUUGGUUGUGAUCUUUAAAUAUUUCACUUACCAUAGAACUGGAGCUUGUCAUAUAGAGAAUAUUCUAUAGUGUUCAGAGCAAUUAUUUUCAUAUAAUAAAAGACUGUGCUUGGAUCAAAUGUCUUGGUGAAGCACGGUGGGAGUGUCACUAGAAAAGGGUCUAGAAAAGGUGAUGGUGGGUCUGAAAUCAGGUUGAUUGUGGGAUUUUAUACCAGGGAUUUGGGUUGACUGAGGCUAUCCCAAUUGCAGUCAGUGCUGAGCGUGGCCUGUGCACUGUGUUAGAGAGCAGGAGCUCGGCCCCAGGCCUGCAGAGCUGGUGGGCAAACAGCCUGAAGGAGCUGGGCAUUAGCUGGGGAACGAGACAGAAAGGAGCACUGCUGCUGCUAGAAAGCAGUUAGCAUUGUGUUGGUGUGGCUCUACCUCUGCUGUCAGACUCAUUCUGUGAAACAAACAUUGGCACUGAAAAGCCCCUCUGGAGGUAAACGAAGAGCAAGUGCUGGAGGAGUUAGGUUAUCUCGCUCAGAGCUGCAUCUCUGAGGGAUGUGCUUAGCUCUGCUCUUCCCCUCUCUGACAGAAGUACUGCUAAAAGGGUGGGUUGUGAGGCUGGGAGCUGUGCAUGCCACUUGCACUGCCUUACAGUGGGCUGAGAACAGAAAUAGCUUGUUAGUAAGCUCACUGAAGGCUGGUGCUAUAUUUGUAAUUCCUGUAGAUUAAAAAAAAAUAGCUGAACAAGUAGGAAAAUCCUGCAAAAUAUAAUCUGCUUCUGAAUGCUGUGGAAUCUGUGUGUAUUAAAACUUUGCCUGGGCAAAGCUUUCAGAAAUAUGUUGGCCCCCGUAAUGCUCUUUGAAGAGCAUAUUUAUCACUGAUUUUAUGUCAUCACUGGUAGAAACCCAUGCCCAAAGCUAACAGACCCUUUCACAUCAGGGAUUUUUUCCUACUUCAGGUAGAAGGGCAGCCCCUUCCUGAGGAGAACUGGCUGUCCAAGUGCCAGUUGCACUGGCUGUGUGCACAGCAGAUGUGAGUGAGAAGAGAGGGUUGUGUGACCCACCUGAACUUCAAACUUCAGCCUUCCCCACCAGUUGCUGAUGGGGAUUUAAAAAAAAAAAAAAAAAAACAACCAAAACCAACCCAAAACCUUACUGAAAUUCUCAAAACUUCAUCUAAGAUGUUCUUCGUGCAUAUUAAAUCACAGAAUCAAAGACUGUUUUGUGCUGGAAGGGACCUUAAAGAUCAUUUCUGUCAUGGGCAAGUCCACCUUCCACUGGACCAUUUCAUUCCCUGGGAGCAGUACCUGUGCAUACUGUAAUUUGCAUUUAGUGAACCCAGCAUCACUCAGGAGCUAUUCUCAGCAGAGAAGUGCUGUAAUGUUGGCUUCUCUCAAAACAAGGCUUGCUUGCUUUUAAGGAAAGGGUGUUGCUGAUAUGUGAAAAACAAACAAAUCACUCAUUGAGACUGGAGAAAAACCAAAGAUAGCUGGGUUCUGACAGUGGUCUAAUUCAGACACAGGAAUAAAAUAACCACUAGUUCAAAGAAAUGGGAUUUCCAAAAGAGAAGUGUUAAUGCAGAAAUAAUGCUAGAAAUAAAGUUCCCUACUUCCCCAGGUUAACUCUGGCUGUGUGCUUUACUUGUAAACCCUCAGCUGGCACAGUAAAGGUGGAGCAGCAGGUGCAGAGGGGUAAGGACAGCCUGGGCAGUUGUAGCUAGCACAGACAGAGGGGAGCCUUGGUUUUUCUUUAUAUCACUAAACUCUUGCUGUGGUCUGUUUGUGACAGAAGUAUAACCAUGCAUGUCAGCAGGCCUAGUGCUGUGUUAAAGACUAUUGCAACUGUAAGUUCAUGUCUGUGGCCUUGUUCUCUAUUAUUCAUCUUGUGUAACAUAAAUAUUUAUUGUAUAUUUAUAUAAUUUUAUGUUUUUUUGGGAAAAUACUGAAAUUGGCAUUAAAAUUUAAAAGCAACUGCGUCAUAUUGUAAAUAUAAUUAAGCUAUAUUUAAGUGUACUGAUUAACAUAAUAUAUGUUUAACUAGAGUUUUUUACAUUUUUAAAUAUAUUUUCGAAAUACAUAUAUAUAUAUAUAUAUAUAAACGGGGGUUUUGGGGGGACCAUGUGACUUUUCUCUAA